CUGUGUCAUGUUCACCUUACAGUUCACGUGAUUAUUCAGACCAUGGAAGUGCGCAAGGUAGUGAAGUUAUUCAAAUGAAGGAUCCAGUGCCUUUCCAAAUUGCCACAGAUCAACAAGAUCUGAACACUAUGCAGUCAUACAAUGCAUGUGCUAAACCCAAAAUCAAUGUAGAAGUUAUUUCGCACUACCAUCCAACGUUUAUUUGCGAAAAUAUGAUCUACAAGUCAAAGCUAGACUUGCAACACCAUUUGCAGAUGUACUCUAUAUUGAACAAUUUUCAGUACAGAACACUUACAUCAAACAAAAAGUUUCUUCAUGUUGUGUGUUUGGAUGAUGAUUGUGCGUGGACAGUGCGGGCUGUUCGUUUAGAGUGUUCAAAUCUUUUCCAGAUUCGAAGGUUUGAUUCCUCUCAUUCAUGCUCUGUUGAUCUGCGCGAAGGUGACCGUAGACAAGCUACAUCUAGAUUGCUAUCAGAUCUUGUUCUGCAUCGCUAUACGGAUGCCUCCAAAAAACCAUAUGGACCUAAUGAUAUACGAGAAGACAUGAGGAGAGAUUAUGGUAUUUCUAUGUCAUAUAAGAAGGCAUUGGGUGUAAAAAAUAAAGCAAUGAACAAAUUAGGGAAAUCAGAGGUGAUUCAGUGGAACUUUAGAGGUGCUGCUCGGGCAGCUACUGUCAAGGAAUUCGAAGAGUAUCUUCAACUACUGGAUGAUGAAGAUCCUCGAAUAAGGGAAUACCUCAACAAAAUUGGGAAUUCAAAGUGGUCUAGAUGCCAUAGUGACAAAUCUCGUUAUUCUAGUAUGACAUCAAAUCUCGCUGAGUCAUUGAAUAAUGUCAAUAAUAGUGCUAGGGAGUUUCCUGUUGCAAAGCUUGUUGAAUUCAUUCGUGAUAGGAUGCAGCUGUGGUUUCAUGAACGGUCAGAAAUUGCUAGUUCCACUCGCACCCCUCUUCCUAAGAAACGUGAGGGUGUCCUAAUUCAAAUGCAACGUGAAGCUUUUCGUAUGAAGGUAUGCUUUUCAGAAAUUAGUCAUUCUUAUAUUAUUGCUUAUGGAGAGUGAUGUUUAAGUUGUUUCCAUUCUAUAUUUUUGUAUAAAACACAACAUACUUGGUUGGGCACUCUAGGCCUUCUAUUU